AUGUGUGGGAGAUUUGCUCAAGGUAUUUUGAGUUUUCAGAAUAUUGAAGAGAUUCCAAGUGAUUUUUUGGGGGGUGCAGUUUAUCAGAAGGAAGCUUCUAGAGGCGGCACCGGCACCAGCACCAGCACCAGCAACACCAGCAACACCAUAAAUGAAACGUCUGAAGGGGUUUACCAAAUUAUUGAUGUAGGACCACUGGGCGCUGAAGAAAAAGUGGAGUUAGACUUGACUAGAGUACACAACUACACACCCUCUUUUAACAUUGCUCCAACAAAUACUGCUUUGAUAAUAUAUAGAGCUAAAGCUCCACCCGCAGAAGAUGGCGGAGUCUCUCACAGGUAUAUCUUUGAGCCGGCAAAGUUUGGAUUGGUGCCAUUGUGGGCAAAGCCACAAGACCCUAAACCGAUCAAUGAGGGCAAGGAUAAUCAAGGGAAACGAUAUUCCAGAGAAUUAGGAAAGCAUGAGAGCAAAUACUUCAACUGUAGGAAAGAGAGUCUUGACCAGAACAAGUCUGUUUGGAAUUCUGCAAAAAAUAAUCGAUGUGUUAUUCCAGUUCAAGGUUAUUUUGAGUGGCAGAAAACAAAAGGUGAGAAAAUACCCUAUUUUGUCCAUUCAACAACAGCACCUAUAGUUUAUUUGGCUGGACUAUACUCCCACAAUCACAAUUAUAAUGAAAACUUUAACGUAAACGAAGAGUAUCUAUCUUCCUUCACGAUUGUUACUGGACCAGUGGAAAAAACGGAUGAAAACAGUUUGGCAUGGUUGCAUGCUAGGAAACCUAUAUUGAUUAAACCUGCUUCAAAGGCAUGGUAUGAUUGGCUAGAUAGCGAUAAACAUAUGGAUCACAAGUUAAUUGAUGAAACGUUAAACACGUCUACAAAUCCAGCAUACGAGAAUGUAGAAGGUUAUCGAGUGUCAAAAAAAGUGGGGAACCCCAACAAUAAAAGUGAAGAUAUCUUGAAGAAACUAGUUCCAAAUAAUGAUUCGGUAGAUAGUUUCUUUUCGUCAAAGAAUAAGGAAAGGGGAAAGGGAAAAUUGAAAACAGAAACAGUUUCCAGUAGAGAUGAAACGAAACCAAAAGUAAAAGAAGAACAAGGCCAAGGCCACUCGGUAAAAGAAGAACAAGGCCAAGGCCACUCGGUAAAAGAAGAACAAGGCCAAGGCCACUCGGUAAAAGAAGAACAAGGCCAAGGCCACUCGGUAAAAGAGGAACAAGGCCACUCGAACGUGAAGGUAAAGAAAGAAAUUGCUGGUGACGAAAAAGCUGAAAAGGGUUCUACCGGCCCACCAUUUAAGAGAACAAGACAAAAGCAAGAUGAGGAAAUGCCAAAGAAGAAAAUCAAAAAAGAAAAGUAA